AUGUGUGUGAGCCACCUUCAGGCCAGCCAGCUGCUGCACAACAAGUUUGUGGUGGUGCUGGGGGACUCCAUUCAGAGGUCUGUCUACAAGGACCUGGUCCUGCUGCUGCAGAAGGAAAAGUUUCUGUCCAAGCGUCAACUGAAGCGCAAGGGAGAGGCGUGUUUUGAACAGGACUGCCUGCUGGAGGGCGGCUCUUUGGAGACACUGACUAAUGGCACUGGGUACAGGGAGGUUCGCCAGUUCAAGUCCGACCACCAUUUAGUCCGCUUCUACUUCGUGACGCGGGUUUACUCUCCCUACAUGCGGAGCAUCUUGGAUGACUUUCGCAAUGGCUUGAAACCUGAUGUCAUCAUCUUCAACUCCUGUGUGUGGGAUAUUUCCAGAUACAACUCCAGGUGGCUAGCCAAGUACAGGGAGAACCUGCACACGUUGUUCUCUGAGCUGAGGGAGGUGGUGCCUCCAGAGACGUUGGCCAUCUGGAACCUCACCAUGCCGCUAGGAGAGAGGAUCCGAGGAGGUUUCCUGGUGCCGGAGAUCGAGCACAGGGCUCCUCAGCUGCGUUACGAUGUGAUUGAGGCCAACUUCUUCAGCGGUACUCUGGCCGGCGCCUACGGACUGGACGUGUUGGACCUCCACUUCCAGUUCCGCUUCUCCCUGCAGCACCGCACGAGGGACGGCGUCCACUGGAACGCCGUGGCCCACCGCCACAUCACGUCUCUGCUGCUGGAGCACUCUGCAGAGGCCUGGGGUGUGGCGCUGCCUGUUGUGGGUGAGGAGGAGGACCGCCCACACACACACACACACGCGCAUUGCAAUAAUGGUGAGCAGAGUCCGGAUACUUCUCUGCUGCUGGCCAUUGAGAAUACCAAACCUGCGGGUAAGUAA